UGGAACUGGACUUACUGCUGGACACUUACGACUUCUGUAUUCUGUCAGGAACAACAUCCUGAACACCAAAAUGGAAUUCACACUGAUUGUCACAGUACUCAUCGCAGUCUGGAUUGCUGCCAUAGAAUGCAGAUACCCUUAUGAAGAUACUUACAGACAAGGGGACAUCGUCCCUUACAGAUACAAACGCCGCCAUAUUCCUCGCGAUAGAGACUUGUCAGUAGAUACACAUCACGAUGAAUAUAAUGACCGUUAUAAUCCAAGGCAAGACAGCUAUUAUAAACCCAAACUCUACAGCAGUCACUAUUACCCAGAUGGAAGUUAUUCUUCGGCUGGCGGUUACCGAAGGAGAUAUAGAGACUAUGGUCCCUAUCUCCGACCCAGAGGUCUUGGGGGUUACAAGAAAAGCCAUGGUAUUUCUGACUAUGAUUAUGGUCACUACAGAAGACGAAAUUCCCGUGUUCAGCACAGGCGACUUGACGGCGAUGACAUUAACUAUGGUGGAAAAAACAGCUUUACUGGUCUUGGUAUACGAUUCAACUGAAAAUUAAUAAACUUACGUCUAUGGUAACAAGUUAUGUAUAGUGCUUAAUGGUAUUUAAAUGGAAAUAAAAACUGUUACAUUUAAA